AUUCCAGCCACAAUCCUGUGCCGGGUCUCACUCAGGCGAAAGACCGAUUCGUGUCUCUCAUUGCAAUCUGAGGUAGACACGAUGAGAUACGUGUCAGAGAUGACGGAUAUACCGGUCCCUAAGGUGUAUGCGUACUGUACAAAUGGAAAUGUGCUUUCUGAUACAUAUAUGUUCCUGGAGCAUAUCACGCAGGGCGAAAAGAUUGAAGACGCAUUCGAGUUGCUAGAUGAAGAAGGCAAAGCCCGCGUCAUCCGAGAAUACGCCGGUGUUGUAUACAACCUCUCCCAACUGCGCUUCACCCACAUCGGCUCUUUA